AUGGUCUCUGCAGGCAGAUCAAGUUGCAAGGCCAGUCUGGGAGGGAACAACCUGGGAGAGUCCCACAAGUCCCUGGUCCUGCAACUCGGUGCCAAUGAGAACUGCGUCUGGACAAUACAAAAACCGGAAAACAAGAACCUCCGAAUCAUCUUUUCCCACAUCCAGCUGGAUCCUGAAGGGACGUGUGACAAUGAGAACAUUAAAGUCUUUGAUGGAAACUCUACCACUGGCCCUCUGCUAGGUCAGGUCUGCAGCAAGAAAGACUUCGUUCCCAUCUUUGAAUCGUCAUACAGUUCCUUGACAGUGCAAAUUGUCACCGAUAAGUCGACGACCCAAAGAACGGUCUUUAUUUUCUACUACUUCUUUGACUCUGGCACAGUUAUUCCAGAUUGUGGAGGUUACCUGGACACAUUGGAGGGAUCCUUUACAAGCCCUAAUUACCCAAAACCACACCCGGAGCUGGCUUACUGUGUAUGGCACAUACAAGUAGAGAAAGGUUACAGGAUAAAAUUAAGCUUCAAGGAGAUUUUCCUAGAAGUAGAUGACAAGUGCAGAUUUGAUUUUGUGGCCAUCUACGACGGCUCUUCCACCAACGCUGGCCUGAUUGGACAAGUCUGUGGCCGUGGGACACCCACCUUCGAAUCUUCCUCAGACUCCUUGACAGUUGUAUUAUCUACAGACUAUGCCAAUUCUUACCGGGGCUUUUCUGCUUCCUACACUUCAGUUUAUACAGAAAACAUCAAUACUACAUCUUUAAUAUGUGCCUCUGACAAGAUGAGAGUUAUCAUAAGCAAAUCCUACCUAGAAUCCUUUAACUAUAAUGAGGAUAACUUACAACUAAAUGACCCAACUUGCCGGCCGGAGGUGUCAAAUGUUGUGGAGUUUUCGAUCCCUCUGGAUGGAUGUGGUACAGUUAAAAAGGUCGAAGACUAUUCAAUUACUUACACCAACAUCAUCACCUUUAUUGUAUCUCCAACUUCUGCGGUGAUCACGCGUCAGAAACAUCUCCAGAUUAUUGUGAAGUGUGAAAUGGAAUACAAUUCCACUGUCGAGGUGAUGUACAUAACCGAAGAUGAUGUAAUCCAAUAUCAAAAUGCGCUGGGCAAAUAUAACAUGAGCAUGGUUCUCUUUGAGUCAGAUUCAUUUGAAAACCCUAUUCUUAACUCUCCCUAUUAUGUGGAUAUGAACCAAACUCUCUUCGUUCAAGUUGGUCUGAGUGCCUCAGAUCCAAACUUGGUGGUGUUUCUGGAUACCUGCAGAGCCUCUCCCACAUCUGACUUUGCAUCUCCAAACUAUGACUUAAUCAAGAGUGGAUGUAGUCGAGAUGAGACUUGUGAGGUGUAUCCCUUAUUUGGGCACUACGGAAGAUUCCAGUUUAAUGCCUUUAAAUUCUUGCGAAGUCUGAACUCCGUGUAUCUGCAGUGUAAAGUUUUGAUAUGUGACAGCAAUGACUCCCAUUCUCGCUGCCACCAAGGCUGUGUCUCCAGAAAGAAACGAGACAUUUCUUCAUACAAAUGGAAGACCGAUUCCGUCAUAGGACCCAUCCGUGUAAAAAGGGAUCGAAGUGGAAACUCAGGGCUUCUGCAUCAAACCCAUGCAGACAUUCCACAGCAGCCUUUCAAUGCUCUGCACCUGUUUUCAUUCGUGGUCCUUGCUCUGAAUGUUGUGAUUGUGGCCACCAUCACACUGAGGCAUUUUGUGAAUCAGCGCCAAGACUACAAAUAUGAGAAGCUGCAGCGCUACUAACAAACGGCUCCUUUCCUAAGACGGCACCUUUCUCCAUGGCUACAGAGCUUAUGAAUAAACUAGGAAGGAUCUGAAACCGUAACACACAGACAAAUAAGACUUUUAGCUCUCAUCUUACAAACUAAAAGCAUUGUAUGAAUCAAAAACUUGGUUUGUUUUUGGUUAAAUACAACAUUUGAAACAAAUAUUAAAUGGAAAGAAAAAGG